AAUGAUACUGUUACACCUGAGGAUGAAGAUAGUAACUUUACACCAGAUUACAACAGCUAUUUACAAACUUGUGAGAAAGCAGAUGUCCGUGGGUUCCGGUCUAUCUUCUUGCCAAUAAUGUAUGGAUGUAUUUUUGUGAUAGGGCUGGCAGGGAAUGGCUUAGUGAUGCUGAGGUAUGUCUGCUUUAACAGACUGAAAACUGGAACAGAUUAUUACAUGCUGAACUUGGCUCUAGCGGACAUGGUCUUCCUCUUCACCUUGCCUUUCUGGGCAGCUAGCACUGUCCAGACCUGGAUUUUCGGCAACGACAUGUGCAAAGUCAUAUUUUGUCUCUACAAAAUGAGCUUCUUUAGUGGGAUGUUCAUACUUAUGUCCGUGAGCAUUGAAAGAUACUUUGUUAUUGUCCUGGCCACCUCUGCCCACCGACACCGGUCCAGGACAGUGUUGAUCAGUAAACUCUCCAGUGCUCUCAUUUGGGUCGUUGCUUUCUUCCUGUCUAUCCCUGAGUUGAUCUACAGUGGUGUCAACACCAUUAAUGGUGAGAAAACUUGUGACAUUAUCUCUGCUGAAUUACAAAGCCUGAAUGCUGGACUCAAGAUCUCCCAGAUGGUUAUUGGAUUUCUUAUGCCGUUGAUCAUCAUGGUCUUCUGUUACAGCAUGAUUAUCAUGACACUGCUCCAUGUGCGUAAUUUUGAGAAGUACAAAGCCAUCAAGGUCAUCAUUGCCAUUGUUAUUGUGUUUUUGGUCUUCCAACUUCCUUACAAUAGUGUCAGCUUGAUUAAGACCUUUGAUAACAGCACUGAUUGCAAAAUCAGCAAGACCAUUGAUAUCGCCGAUUAUGUUACCUACACCCUUGCCUGUUUCCGAUGUUGCCUGAACCCAUUUCUCUAUGUCAUCAUUGGGGUCAAAUUCAGAAAUGACCUGUGCAAGUUCUUUCAAGACUUUGGUUGCCUGAGCCAGGAAAAAUUUGCAGAAUGGUCAACAGCCAAGCCAAGCAAGAGAGGCUCCUUUGCAAUGGACACUGACACAACAACCACAUUUUCUCCCUAA